GCUCAUCAGAACGUAUUCCAAAGCGUGAACAAAAAAACCAAAGAAUCGAAAUGAAAUUCUUCAUUUUAUUUUUCGCCAUCAUUGCUGUUGUGGUCACCGGUCAUCGCCACCAUGAGCAUCACCACCACCACCGCGACCAGGAGGGAUUCGAAAAUGGCGGACAUGGCCAGCAAGGAUUCGGCCAGGGUGGUUAUGGUCAGGAAGGAUUCGGCCAAGGCGGCAAUGGCCAGCAAGGAUUCGGCCAGGGUGGACAUGGCCAGCAAGGAUUCGGUCAAGGCGGAAAUGGCCAGCAAGGAUUCGGCCAGGGUGGACAUGGUCAUCCAGGAUUCGGCCAAGGUGGCAAUGGCCAGCAAGGAUUCGGCCAGGGUGGACAUGGCCAGCAAGGAUUCGGCCAAGGCGGCAAUGGCCAGCAAGGAUUCGGCCAGGGUGGACGUGGCCAGCAAGGAUUUGGCCAAGGCGGAAAUGGCCAGCAAGGAUUCGGCCAGGGUGGAAACGGCCAGCAAGGAUUCGGUCAGGGCGGACGCUUCUAAACACUAACCUACGAUACAAUUUAAACUAAAAUAAAAACAUAUGAAAAUAUAAA